UCCACAGUUGGAUUUGUCCGAUAACAAAAGGCUUUCUUCUUCAACCUGGGAGCUUCAAGUUUGCCCUAGAUUUUCCAAAAUCGAAUUCAAAUUCGAAAAUUAGAAGCAGAAAAACUUAACAGAUUGUAGAGCGCGAUAGAGAGACGGAGCGGUCAACAUGAAGACGACCAAGGGAGGCAAGGUCAUGAACCCUACCGACGCUUACCGCAAGGAGCUUCGCAAAAAGGAAUUGAAAAGGAACAAGAAAGAAAGGAAGAAGGUGAGGGAGGUGGGGAUCUUGAAGAAGGAUCCCGAGACCCUGAAGGAGCAGAUUGAUAAAUUGAAUAAGCAGAAAGCUGAUGGAGCUCUGGACAAAGCAAGAAAACACAAGAAGAGGCAACUAGAAGAUACACUUAAUCUUGUGAUCAAGAAGAGGAAGGAAGUUGAAGAGAAAGCAAAGGAGAAGGGUGAGACCCCAGUUAUGUUCAGUCAUUUGGGACCACCCAAAAGACGAACAACAGCUGAGGAAGAAGAAAGAGCGAAGAAUCCAAGGCCUGAGGACUCUGUAUACUACCACCCAACCCUGAAUCCUACUGGAGCCCCACCACCUGGAAAGCCUCCAAUGUUUCAAUCAUCGAUAGGGCCUAGAAUUCCUUUAUCGGCUGCUUCAUCAAGUGGGGCUGCAUCAUCCUCUGAGGAUGGUAUUUUGGUUGAUUCGCUGCCCAAUUCUGUUAACAACAGCCUCGGUGAUGGAUCUGUUCUACCUGAGUCUUUGCCUCUACCUCCACCACCUCCAUUGCCACCCAACCCUGCAGCUGCAAACUCAGGUAUCUCAUUGCCACCACCUCCACCUCCUCCUCCUGGACCCCUGCCUCCUAAAGAGCAGAUUGCCAAUCGCACUCUACUUCCCCCUCCACCUCUUCACCAUUCUGCACAACCACCACCACCUGGUAUCAGUGGAAGCGAGAGGGAGAAUAAUCAAUCUGCAUUUUCUGAUCAACCACCUUCCAAGGAUCUGACACAGGUGCCUACAAUACUUCCUCCCCCUCCUGGUUUGCCUCCAAAUUUAGCAAAUACUCAAUUUGAAGGUGCAACAUCUGAUGCUGAAACCAAUAAUACUCUAGUUGCCAGAGAUUUUACUAAAAUGGUUCCACCACCUCCUCCUCCAAGACAACAACCUCCAGUGCCGGGACCCACCCUGAUUCCAAACAUUCAUCCUGAUGUGUUACCCCCUGGUAUCUCUCUGUUUCAUCCCCCGCCGCCACCUCCAACAGAUAUGCGGCCACCAUUGUCCACUCCUGGACUUCCCAGUCGACCACCUCCACCAGGCAUGAUGGUUCCGAUGAUUCCCAGGCCACCAUAUGGACCUCCUCCUGGACCUCCCCCAAUGAUGAGACCGCCACUUCCACCUGGCCCUCCUCCUACAUUUCAAGAAGAUGACCAUGCAGCUUACGGAGUGGCUGCUCAUCAUAAACCAUCAUAUAUAAAAUCAGCAGCAUCUACUGUUGUAAAGAGGCCUCUAGCUCAGCACACCCCAGAACUUACAGCCAUGGUUCCUGCAUCUGUUAGGGUUAGGAGAGAGAUGGCUGCCCCCAAAGCAAAAGCAAAAGCAUCACUCCCAACUACAGCAGCAUCUGCCCGGCCAGCAACUACUUUUGUGAAACCAGCGCCAGUGGACUCAUCGUCCGCACCAAAGGCAGGAAGCAUUGAUGAUUCAUACAUGGCCUUCUUGGAGGACAUGAAGGCACUCGGUGCACUUGAAGGUUGAUAUCAUACCACUGAUUUGGGGGCUCGAAGACAAAAGAAAGAUGGCAUGCCUGUUGCAAACGGGCCGAAUUGAAACUGGGAUUGAGCAUGUUCAAAUGUCAAUUGCCUCAGUAUCCCAAUGCAUCAAUUUCAUGGUGAAAUUCUGUAUUAUCAGACCAAAUAUGUGGUAGAAGUUCGGGCUGUAUGAUAUUUAAUUGAUCUUUAAUACAAAUGAUUAUUAACUGCUCUUUCUUGAGUAAUCUUAA